AUGCGUCGUUCACUGAUCGCCUUGUUUUCCCUGUCGGUCGCGGUUUGUUUACGGUCGUCGGUCGGGGCCAAAGUGCUAACCUGCACGAGGUGGCACCGUAAUCAAACGUGCUUCAUCGAGGGAGCAUCGGUCAGCGACGAGUCGGGAGAACAUUCCGUCAGCGUCCCGGCGCAAACGCUGCACGUCGCCAUCGAGGGGAGCGAGAUUCUGCACUUCUCUCCCGGCCUGUUCGAUGGCCUCGUCGGCACCGCGUUCCUGACACUAAAAAACGGCUUUAUUCCCGCCGUAACGUUCCGAUCGGACGGGCUGAACUCUCUGCGCAUCGACCAUACGGAGCUGCGCGAAUUUACGGUCCGCCCGGUCGAGAAUCGCAACCUCAAUACGCUGAUCAUCAGCGGCAAUCCGUUGCGGGCACUUUCGCCCACCAUCCGCCACCUAACGGGCCUCUCGAUU